CUCUGUUCCGUGUCGGAAGACUGUCGACGCUGCACCGUCCUUCACAUUCAGAGAAGCCGACUUUCUCCUUUUAGGUACUGUCUGAUAUGAGAUGCAAGAGACUGAGGGUGAAGCCAUGUUAAACUUCAGUCUAUGGAGGGCAUGAACUGCUCAAACAUGCUAUCAAGUCUUGUUGCCACUGCCUCCCACCUUCUGAAGAGGACUUUGCCCCACUGGAAAGCCUCUUGUCACAGGACCUUUUCUCCAUCAGAACCAGGACGAUGGCUACUGGGAACUGUUAUCCACAAAAGAGCUCAUGGAUGGACAUCAGCCCCAUCAAUGAGGAUUAACCAGAAGCCUGUGUUUGUCAGAGCUCCUGCAUUUGGAGACAGGCUUGCUAUCAUAGACAGCAGUGGAAGCCACAGCUACAAGCAGCUGUAUUGCAGCAGCUUUGGUCUUGCAGGUAGAAUUAGUGCUGCUCUCAACUCUGACUUUGGCGGUCUGGAAGGAAAACGGAUCUCCUUCCUGUGUGCUAAUGAUGCCUCCUAUACAGUGGCACAAUGGGCAGCCUGGAUGAGCGGUGGGACGGCAGUACCGCUCUACCGAAAACACCCUCAGGAAGAACUGGAGUACAUAAUAUCCGAUUCCCAGAGUUCUCUGCUGGUGGCGGGUAAUUCUUUUGCUAAGACCCUCGAGCCGCUGGCUCUGAAGCUGGGUCUGCCGUGUCUGACACUACCUCCUACUUCACACCUGAGCACUUUAGAUGGGACAGACCCCCAAGAGGAGGAAGCAGCCAUCACCGACUGGGCUGAUCGACCAGCUAUGAUCAUCUACACCAGUGGGACCACGGGGAGACCAAAGGGCGUUCUACAUACACACAGCAGUAUCCAAGCUAUGGUCCAGUGUCUGGUUUCAGAGUGGGCGUGGACCCGAGAUGAUGUCAUCCUCCACACCUUGCCGCUCCACCAUGUGCAUGGCAUCGUGAACAAGCUGCUGUGCCCUCUCUGGGUGGGCGCCACCUGCAUCAUGCUGCCCGAGUUCCAGCCUCAGAAGGUGUGGGAGAUCCUGUUGACCUCCAAGGCUCCCAUGGUCAAUGUGUUCAUGGCCGUGCCAACGAUCUACUCCAAGCUGAUCCAGUACUAUGAUCAGCACUUCACACAGCCUCACGUCAAAGACUUUGUCAAAGCAGUUUGCAAACAAAGGAUCAGGUUAAUGGUUUCAGGCUCAGCUGCUCUGCCUCUUCCCACUCUCCAGCGCUGGGAGGAGAUUACAGGACACACACUGCUAGAACGCUACGGCAUGACCGAGAUCGGCAUGGCACUGUCCAACCCUCUCAAGGGCCCACGCAUCCCAGGGGCCGUGGGGUCGCCGCUUCCAGGUGUGGAAAUUCGGAUUGUCAUGAGUAACGCAACCAACACAACAAUUGUGGAGGCCAAUCACAGAGAGACUCGGGUACGUUCAGGUCUGGAGGGGAAAGAGGGCGAGCUCCUGGUUCGAGGUCCGUCUGUCUUUAAGGAGUACUGGAACAAACAUCAGGAAACCAGAGAGUCCUUCACGGAUAGCGGCUGGUUCAAAACAGGAGACACAGCGGUCCAUAAAGACGGUGUAUUCUGGAUCAUGGGCCGCACCAGUGUUGACAUCAUCAAGAGUGGCGGCUACAAAAUCAGUGCCCUCGAGGUGGAACGCCACCUACUGGCUCAUCCAGCCGUCACAGAUGUGGCCGUCAUCGGGCCCCCAGAUGCCAUUUGGGGUCAGAAGGUCACAGCAGUGAUGCAGCUAAAGAGGGGCCACAGGUUGACUCUGCCAGAGCUGAAGAUCUGGGCAAGGGAACACAUGGCGCCCUACAUCAUCCCCACAGGUCUGGUGCUGGUGGAGGAGUUGCCAAGAAAUCAGAUGGGCAAGGUCAACAAGAAGGACCUCCUGCGACACUUCUUCCCCUGACCCACUGGACUGCUUCAGCAUGUAUGACAACAUACAGGUUCCUGGUCACGUCCUAUGGUGUCACAGAUUAGAGUGCAGGGUGAAUACAGAGGAAUGGAUCAACUCCUUGUGGGAAAUGACUUAAAGGUCCAGUGAGUAACAUUUGCGGGGGGUCGGGGGUUAUUGGCAAAAAUAUAAUAUAUGGCAGAAAUUGAAGUGUGUUUGUAUGCAAUUGUACAAUAAUGAUAAAACUAAAGACGUUUGUUUUGCCCUUUAUAUAAACGUUACGGGUCUUGCCUAAUGGAGGCCACCGUCUUGGGUCACCAUAUUUCUACAGUUUUAUACAAAUCAGUGCAGCCGAUGGCCGACAUAUGAUGCCGAUUUUUUCCCCCACUCCUUAUAAAAUAUAAGUUUAAGAAAAAAAAGCAUAUAUACAAUUGCUUAACUUAAAAAAACAGCACUUAUAGUCUGUCUUUCGACUCAAAAUCCACCUGUGUUUUCAAUAAAAAAACAAUUUAUAAACUAAAUAUUAUGUAAAUAAAUGAGACAGGUCGUCAAAAAAAAUUAAUCAUUGGCAAAUAAGCGUUAAAAUGUUCUUAGAAUCAAGCAAUCUGCAGUUUCACCAGUAGAUAUCAGUAAUUCUUACACACUGGACCUUUAACCUUUAAAAAAACCUACUUCUGUGCAACUCCUUUAAUGAUUAAAUGUAAAACUAACAGACACAACCUAAUAUGACCCAACCUUUAUUUAUAUUAAAAGUGUGUCUCAUAGCGCUCCAGAGUACACUACUGUAUGAAUUAAAGCAAGGAUCAGACUAUUGAGUAGCACAGUGAUUCCUCAAGGCGAAAAAGGUUCUCUGUCCAAAUCCUGGUUCAGUCAGGCCUUUUCUGUGUUGAUAUUUUAUGCUGUGUGUGGGUGUGCAGAUAAGUUGUCUCCAAGUAUCCUGGCUUCCUCCUACAAACCAAAACCAUGGUGUUUUGGAGUGAUGGUACUUUCAGCUGGUGUGAGUAUGAGCCAUUGUGUCUCUGUAUGUUUGCCCUGUGGCCGUGAUGGAUGCCUGGAUGAGGAUUAGCGGUAUAGGGGGUGGAUUGACACUAGACCUUGGUCCAUAACCACCAUCCACAGAAAAUUUCACCCAAAUCCACUCUUUACUUUUUUGAGUCGUGGUGCUCUUAGACAAACACAGCCAUAAUAAUAAUAACCUCUUUGGUCCAGGUAACAAAAUAAAAAAGACAGGUCAACUAUUGUCUCACAGUUUAAGUGCAAAGGAAAUGUGGGAGUGUAAAUACUUAAAGGAAUACUUGUGCUUCGAGAAAUAUCUUCAUUCUUUUUUUUUGUUCCGUGCCCACCAGUGACACUUGGUCCGAGCCUUGGAGCCUUUAGACCUACUCGUAGGGGGAUGGGACCUCAUUCCCAGAAUGUAAACAGUGUCCGCCAUCUUUGGACCAAACUGGACCAAAGAAAAGUAUUUUUCAAAAAUACUACCAAUAUUCUAGUAAUAUGCUAAAUGCUAAUCGGUGAAGUAUUCCUUUAGUAGUUAUUUUAAGUUUCUACUGAUGCAAUUUCUUUCUAUUAACACUGAAACAGCA